AUGGCAAACAGCCCCGCUAAUUUGGAGGGUGUUUUUGUCGCGGUGCAUUCCGAAGUGCCUCUUCGUGUGAUGCAGCCUAGGUCUGCAUGUACUUUCUGUAGAAAUCGCAAGAUCAAGUGUGAUGGCCAAGGGCCAGCAUGUACACCUUGCAUUAAACACCGUAAAGCUUCAACAUGUUCGAUUAGAACACAGCACCGAGGACAGGAACGGGACUACCUUACUUACCUCGAGAAUCGAAUACGUCGACUGCAGCCUAGUGCUCUGAAUAAUAGCAAUUCUAUAUCAGGGGACCACCCUACGGAAAUUCCUCCUUUAUAUGAUAAUAAUAACACGGAAGCAGCCGCAAAGAGAGAUACAUCAAGCAUUGAUUCCUUGAUUUGCGAUAUUGGCGCUCUUCCUAUUGCUGCAUCAUCUUACAGUGCCCGAAGAUCUGCAGAAGGUCCCUCAUUAGCGGCAGUCGUUCUUGCGUCAGCCACCUGCACAGAGCCGUGGCAUCCGACAAUUGGCAUUUCAACUGAUCUCCGCGAAGCGCCGAGAUUGCUUGCGACGAAACUUCCUUCGAAGGAGACUACACGCAAAUUAAUCUCACAUUAUCUGUCACAUGUUUAUCCCCGUAUGCCUUUUUUUGACAUUCGCGGGCUAUGGCAGCAAGUCGACGACAUCUAUGGCGAACUGAAUCAGGUCAACCAGAUAUCCAGCCAUGAUGAUGGAGCAUUCUCACAUUCUGCCACUCCCUUUGUCUACGGCGAUGGCAAUAUAGAUCAUAUCCGCCGAGGAACUGCCUAUUUCGAUGUUAUCAUUGUAUGCUCAAUUGCAACGUCUUCGCUCUCGCGAAGUGCAGACUCCAUCGUCGCGAACAAUGCGAGAGAAUUAUUUCGCCUCGCUCUUCGUUUCGCCGAAUAUGCGGUUCUACCAAACACUGUUAUCGGACUGCAAGCAAUACUGUUUUUGAUCCUAUACGGAAUCAUGAAUCCAUCGGAUCUCAACGUCUGGUACUUGAUCGGUGUCGGCAUGCGAAUAUGUGUAGAUCUAGGUCUACAUCAAGAUCCGCCACCCAAAUUUUUAGCUAGUAUGAACAAAAACAUGCUAGAAACUCGCCGACGCUUAUUCUGGGCCACUUAUUCCUUCGAUCGCUCCAUGUCACUCAGCCACAGUCUACCGUGUGAAAUAUCGGACAGUGUUAUUCAAGUCGGACUACCACAUUUUCGUGUCGAGCCUACAGCGAGUGAGGAGGAUGUUUUAUAUUAUACUCAGCGCUAUCGAAUCAUACAACUGCAGUCUUUAAUUUUUAACCGCCUGUAUACUUCGUCAUCUAGGUCGUCGAUUAUCGGACCAUGGGAUACUUGUAAGGGUGAAGAAGUAAUCGCAGAACUUCUUGGAAGCCUUUUUGCUUGGAAUGAAAAUAAUGCUUUGUUAUCUUUACCGGAGUCCAAACAACUCAUGGAAAGCGAAAGAUUGCAAAGUCUCAUACUAAUCUACCGCCCCAAUAAAUCCAUCCGGCUUCGAUCAUAUAACGAUCUUGUACAGCUGUGGGAAACCUCGUUGGCAUUUUCACGAAUAUACCGUUCGUUUGUGGAACGGAAUGAAAUAUUAUACAUUGCUAUCGCUGCAGAGAAGAUUUUUACUACAGGAUUAACAAUUUUAUAUGCAUUCUGGCAAUUACAAUCAAUCUUGUCGGACCCAUAUCUUGACGGAAAUCAAGUCUCAUCACCCGGUACUCUGCAGGAGGUUACUUUGUGGAACGGUGUCCGAGACGUAUCCUUCGUCCUGCAAAGUCUUUCUGGAAGAUGGAAGGAAGGUCGGUCAUUGGCUCAUCGGUUUGAGGAUAUUGCAGAGAGGACUAUUGGGCUCCUGAUGAAUCGAAUGGCUACCCAGCACCAUGCUGAUGGCCAGCAGAGUGAGGGAUUGCCGGAAGAAUUAGUAGAACUGUGGCAGUAUUCAAAUAGUCCAUCGAGUUCCGUGAUGGGUAUUGGAGUCAGGAAUGAUUCUAUGCUCUCUAUGGAUGACGAUGUGGCGCUAAGGGACUUGGUUCUCGAAAUUGUGCGCGGAUAA